CUUCUCAACUCGUAGAGUAUUUUUAUAUCGAUAAUGCUAUGUUCCUCAUAAAAUUUCAGUAUUCAUAUUGACUCUACUGCCGCAGAUUUUGAAUUUCAAAUCAUACUCACAUCACGUCAAGAAACUGAAAUAUUUCGUCAUCUCUCACUAGCUAUUGAUUUGGUAGAGGCUUGAAGGCAGGGCUAAGUCUAAAAAUCAGCAUAAAAGUGACGCAACCAAUGAGAGCUCGUGAAACUAUUGCCCUGUCGCUAAAAAUGACAGCUCAUUUUUUUAUGUCGUAAAAUGUGGAUAUUAUUUGAAUAUAUUUUAAUUACCUUCAAUUCUCUUUUGGUACCAGCAGGACAUAAGUUUGUAAACAAAAUUUGAAAACACCUGUGUUCAUGAUUUAUUUCAACAAUUUUGUAUGUACAUAGAGGAUUAUUUGGGAUGAUUUGAUUGUGACAGCAAUUGUGAACAGCGUGGUAGACGCAAUGAAGCACUUAGAAAGAAGCAAGACAUUUUCAAAGAACCAGCGACCUUGUUUAUUUCUAAGUAUAGCCGGUGACAGUAAAGAUUCACCAAUACAUAGCAAAUCACAUUGUUUAGUAAAAGAACUGGGAGCACGGCUCGCACACUCUGUCCCACCGAUACAGCGGAUCAAGAUAUUGCCAUAUCGCGCAUAAAGAUCCAUUACAUUGACCAGGAAGGUGUUACAUUUGAUAUUAACGUCGACUACAAAAGCUGCGAACAGGUUCCAUUAACUACUAUGAACAAGAAUGAAAAAAACUUGCAUGCUAAUAACGAUACAACGAAUGCUAAAACUUGCAGCUUUGCUGUACGUAAAGAACAACCAAUUCACCAUAAUUUACACGCCCAAGAAAAUCUACAUUUUUCAAUAGCUGCUGAAGGGUCACAACUGGGUUAUGGAACACAUGAUAAAAGUAAUACUGAUGUGUCAACAGCAACAACAAAACAAAUACCUAAAAAUUUGAUAAAAAAAUGUCCUCAUAUUCAUGAAAAUCUGAUAAAGGAUCAAACCUACAAGCGUUGGCCAGAGCACUUCAACGAAGUCGUGCCUAAAUCUAUAGAAAAACCAAGACAUAAAGUUUCUGAUAAGCAGGAGGAAAAAAAUUCCAAGAUUUCAAUUUCAAAGGAUAAAUCAGAGGUGAAAACUAUACGUAAAAAACAGUCUAAAUCAACAGGUUAUAAAGAAAUUCUCAAGAAUGAAUCAAAUGACUGUCAAAAAACUUCAUACAGAAUAAACGGGGAAACGAAGUCACCUAAUGCAAAGGAAGUGUCUUAUAAAACUGUUUUGUCCUCAGAUCCGCGUAUCAAUCCACAGCAAGUACCUAGAGGCAAAAGGCAAAAGGGAAAAGAGGGAAUAUUAGCUCAUGGCACUGAGAAGAUUCUGAAAAAAGUUAACAAGAAGCAAGAUGUCCAUUUCUCGAAAAAAAUCUCAGCCAAAGCCACCAUGCAGGAAAAAAUCGAAUUAGAUAAACAACGAAUUAAAAACAAUGUAGAAAACUUGAAAAAGAGUUACGAAGCUAAGAAAAAAAAUCAUCAAAAAAUUGUUGAAAUCAAAAAGACUUUACAAACAAACAAUGCUUGUGACAACCAUGAUGGUAUCAGCGCAAACAAUGAGAACCAUGGAGCAGCUCGAACAAGAAUUUUCAGUCAUAAGAAGUCUAUACAUGUGGAUAAAAACCUUUCCUCCUAUAAGAUUGAAUCUAAUAAUGUUAAUUCUGCAACUGAAGAACAGCAAAAGCAUGAGCCAAAAAGUAGAACAAGUGAUCCGACCAACUUGAAUUGUACAAAACAUUGUAUUGAUUCCAAUCGUAAUAUUAUCCAGCCGAGCAAGGGUGUGAGAAUAUGCUGCGAGAAAGAUGUUUUAAAAAAAACAGAGAUUCAAUCGAUAGCGAAUUCGAUGGAAGCAUCGAACUGUGAUUGUGAUAGACUGAAAAAAUUGUUAGUUGCCAACAAAUUCUCAUCUAUUUCUGAAGACAAAACAGUGUAUAACGCCAAUUCAAUAAAUUUUGAAUGCUAUUCUGAUCAGCCAGAUCAUAAAGGACCUAACAAACAACAAGACUAUAGAAAUCAUACUAUUAAUGCAGAUAUAAAAUUAACCCAACCAGAAAAAGAUAAAAGCAGUGUUAACGAUGAUGCAAAAUAUAAUCUAAUGAAAACCUUAAUACAUCCAGCAUCUGGAAUUGAUGAUUUUCAAGGAUUGAAUAAUAAUACUACCAAAUUUUUAGUUUCCGAACAUCAAUCGAAAGAUGGUCUGGCUAAUUGUAGCGAUGAAAGAACUAAAGGUGUUCACAAAAACUCCCGGAGCAGCAACAGCAUGGUGAAUGUUGAAAUAGCAAGCUUAUCAAAUAUUGUCAAGCAGUCAUCGGACAAUUUGAGUAAUAUGGAGAGCUAUGAGACUUUGAAUCCUAGUAAAAUCACAACAUAUUUGAAGAAACCAUCAAGUAACUUCUCAGACGAGAUAGCGUCGAAUUUGAAAAUGAAUGGAUAUAAAUAUUCGACAAAGCACAGACGUUUCAAUCAUAAACAGAAAAAUAUGUGUUGCAAUAUGGCACGUUACAUUGAAAGAAUGGUAUCGAACGAGAAAAAGUAUCAGGAACAUGAGAAGAAAGGUGAUCCAGAGCGAGAAAAAGUCAAAAUAAUCAUCGAUGAAAACACCCCUAAAACCAGCCGAAUAAGAAUAGUUAAUGAUAGAUCCAGUGUCAGUGUUGUUUGUCAUGGCUCGGAGAAAACAUCUCCAAGCGGAAGGAGUAACAAUACAACAGCAAAAAAUACUGAAUCCAGCGGAGGAGAAAGCAGUGGCUAUAAAUCAUAUCACAACGAUUUGAGCACGAGAUAUUUUGAUCCCUCCGAUCAAGCCAAAAUCAACUCGGGUGAGCAGCAACAAAUUGAACAUACUACAGAAAGAAAAUUUCACAACACUCAAACUAUUCUGUACCACAAUGUUAAAGAUGGAGGGUUUGAAAGUACCUCCGAUCCCUUGCAUAUGGAUGAUCCUGUCAAUACAAAAUACAAUGAAAUUCGAGAAAAUAUUGAAAGGCACCCAAAUUUAUGUCUAGAAAAACUCAAGAAGCGGGAUACUGAAGCAAAAUACACUCCAUAUGAUACAAAUAAAUAUUUGUCUGCAUUUACCAAUUGUAUGGACGUGUAUUUACCAUGUGAAAUUACUGCUUAUCAGACGGAAGAAGUGAAUAGAAAUAGGAUUUUCCAAUUUAAUAAUCAAGAGCUCGAGGAGAAGGACGUAGAUAAUGCUGAGAUGCGAAUUGGGAAAUAUUUAAUAGAGAAUAGUUCAGAUUCAAGAGAUGAGUUAUCAGAGGAUGAAGAAUCUAGUGAGCAGCUAAAUUCUGCGAGAGAUGACAAAAUUGGCAAGGAUAAAGUUAUAGUGCUGAAGGAGCCAGAUAAUGUGGCACAUAGAAGUUUAGAAUACAUUGCCAGUAAGCGUUUCCUGGAUCUAGAUAAAGCAGAAAGACAAGACAGUUUCACAGAUAUACUUACAGCACCAGCUCAGCAUAGAAUCAUCACAUCACUACAAGAUGUAAAGCAUGAAGAGAUUACAGAAUCUUGCAAAACAUUAAGGAGCACAACAGAUUUAAAAUCUGUGCUAGUCCACAAUAAGGGUGCUGUACUAGUGAAAUCGAGUAUCAGUGAUAUUGAUACAGUCUCUGGCAAUCCAAGACUCCACCCAGUGAAAAAAAAAAUCGUUCUAGAAACGAACCCAGGAUACAAGAGAAUUAAAUGUUCGAAGCGAUUAAAAACAAAAAAUGAAAACUUAGAUGAUUCAAACAAAGUAUAUGAGCUAUGGACAAAUAAUAAAUCAACUGCUAAUAGCACCGAUAAUGAAUCUCAGACAACCAGAAGGUUCGUUUGUGCAACAAAUGACUCGAAGAGAUGCGGUACAAAGAAGUAUAAAUUCAAUAUAUUCAGAAAGGUCAAAUCAUGCAAGAGUGAAAAAACCAUCCAUAUUCCUCUUGACCAGCUACCAAAACCACCCCCUUCGUUUUUCGAAAACUCUGCACCCUCACAGUCUACAAUGUUGUCGUCAACGACUGAUACUGAUUAUUGGAAGUCAGAUACUGUUUUAAAUCCCCAAGAAAGUGCUGCUUUGCUUCGAACAAAUUCUGCCAUAAAAACUUACGCCAAACCGAUCCAGACAAAUUAUUCCAAAAGAAAUCAAACAGCGGCUAGUCCUGAGGAAAAUCAUGAUCAUUUGCACAUUCAACCGAACAAUCAUGUUUCAACUUCACACAAAGACACCGAGACCCAUUUGCAGUUAUCACCUGCAUAUCCAAUAAAUCAAAGACAACUUACUGCACCCAAUACUCUGCAUACGGCUGCACCUGCACCUCCCUCAGCUCUACCGCCACCUCAUCCCUUUUGUUGUCCAUUUGCUCCAUACAUGAUGCAGUACUGGCAAAAUUAUCAGCAACCACCGCCGGCCUCGAAGCUUCCACUUCCUGACAGAGAUUGGCAACCGACUGUCAGAAGGAAUGGCAAUGAGCCUCCACCUCCGGAUAUGGUUCCUAUUCCAUGGUUCCCACCAAUGUCAAAUGUACAUAAUCACCUACCACGUGGUGAAACGAAUUUUACAAUGUCAAAUAACAUACACGCUCAACCACCACCUGAGUGGCUAAUGAUGCCUAGAGGGUACGCACCCUGUCUUCCAUGCAGUAAUACCACUGAAUCAUAUUUGAAGAAAACCGAUUCCUCAGUUUAUGAAGAUGAUGAACCUCCUGUUGAAAUUAGCGAGAAUAAACAGGAUGAAAAAAAGAAAAAAGUAUCUAGUAAAUUGUUCAAAAUAUUUCGAAGAAAAAAUCGAGCUGAAAUGGACACAUUGGACGAAGAUAGGAAAAAAGGUAAAUAUAAUCGAUCUGGCUCGGAACCUAAACUUGUUCGUAAAGUACAAGUGGUAGAAAAUGAAGAGAAGAACACCGCCGGUCAGAGCAUUUGGGAAUCUCCGGAUAUUGCUGGAAUCGUAACCCCAGAGGAAAUUGGACGAUGCUUUCGCAGAGGUUUUCGAGCAGAUGGGUUAACCCUGGCCGGGGACGAGUACUUGUGUACAAGAGCCCCAAGUGACACAACAUCAGAGCAGGAGGAGAUAUUCAAUUUCUCUGACCAUGAUACGCCUCUUGAUUUUCUAUUAGCUCUUGGAUUUAGCGUUGAUGAAGCUACUGCUGCAAUUAGGGAUGACGAAGUACGAAAUCGAUUUAAAGCAGCCCUUACGGAGGCACGCAUUUGGGUCCCACAUAUUGCAACAACUCAAGGCACGCUGCUCUACCUACUUGCAAUGAAAGCGAAGCCGAAAGUGAUGCGAUAUUUCCUGCAACUGGUGGAGUCGAUUGUCAAUAAAAGGAUAACUAACGCCGUCAAACUGGAUGCCUACCUGAAAAUUUUGGAAAAGGUUGAAGAGGGAUACGUGUCUUUUGUUACCCUAUUUGGAAAAGAUAAAGGCAACGAAGAUGACGAGGAUACUGCAAUGAUGGAAAAACAGCGCCGUCGUAUAUUCUACACCAUUUAUAAAUAUGCUGAGGCAGAGGCAGAAGAAGUGGGCAAGCCACUGACAAAAGCUAGUGUGGAUCUUUUGCAAUCUUUAGCAACACGUUAUCGAUCAGCUAUUGGGCCGCAUCUGCAACUCCUAGCUUGUUACAUAGGCGAAGGACUAUUGACGAAAGAUGUUCAAUUGGAAGCUGCUCUGAUAUAUUUAUCACGAUUAGAUUCCACCGACGUUCGACUCGCGGAUUUAGAAAAAUACUGUGGCAUGCCAGUUUCAGAACGUCGCAGACUAGAGCAAGCUGCAAAAAUGCUGCCUUAGGAAGAUAUUUGGUCGGAACAUGUUUGUUUUCUUUAAUUUUUUUAAGACAACGCGGGGACGUGCCAAAUAGCGUCAAAGUUUGCGUAUAUUAACAAUUAAUACGAAAUCAUGUAAAUUAUAUCAAACAAUGUAGCAAUUACUUGCGAUUAAAGUGAAUACUUUCAAACACGAAAUAAAACAUAUGAAAUUCAUUCA